CCACCUUCGUCUCCCCCAAAACAGUCGCAGAAAGAACCGCACCAAACUCAAUCCUGCUCCCCUGCUUCCGCCGCCUCAGCCGCCCGAAAAUGGCGUACCUCUGUCGCCCCAUCUCUCUCCUCCUCCUCCUCAGACAAAACCGCAUCUCAUUCCCUUCCCGCUUCAGUCCCCUCCCCAACUCUAUCUCUAAUCCACCUCGAAGAAUCCGUUGCCGCAGCAUCAGCAGCGGCGCCGUCGCCGGCGAAGUAGCCCACGAGUUCCGAUUCUUCCGGGUGUACAGAGACGGCCGGGUGGAGAAAUUCCACCAGACCCGCAAGAUCCCUCCCUUCGACGACCCGGUCACCGGGGUCCGAUCCAAGGACGUCGUCAUUUCGCCCGAACCCCCCGUAUCCGCCCGCAUUUUCCUUCCCGAGAUCCGCGACCCGAAUUCCAAGCUCCCCGUGCUGCUCUACGUCCACGGCGGCGGGUUCUCCUUCGAAUCCGCCUUCUCCCCCGACAUCCACAACUACGUCAGCUCCAUCGCCGCCAAGGCCGAGGCGAUCGCCGUCUCGGUCGAGUACCGGCUGGCCCCGGAGCACCCGAUCCCGGCUUGCUACGACGACUCCUGGGCCGCGCUCCGGUGGGUCGCGGCCCACGCGGGCGGGGCCGGGCCCGACGCGUGGCUCAACCGCCACGCCGACCUGGGCCGCCUCUUCGUCGCCGGGGACAGCGGGGGGAACAUCGCGCACGAGUUGGCGGUCCGGGUCGGGGCGGGCGGGUUGCCCGGGGACGUCGGGCUGGCCGGGAUGGUGCUGGUGCACCCGUACUUCGGCGGGACGGAGGACGACGCGAUGUGGCUGUACAUGUGCCCGGAGAACGGCGGGCUGGAGGACCGGAGGCUGAGGCCGGCGGCGGAGGAUCUGGGCCGGGUCGGGUGCGAGAGGGUGCUGGUCUUCGUGGCGGAGAAGGACCACCUGAGACGGAUCGGGGCGUGGUACGCGGAGGAGCUGCGGCGGAGCGAGUGGGGAGGGAAGAGCGUGGAGCUGGUGGAGAACUUCGGUGAAGAGCAUUGUUUCCACAUAAGUGAUCUCAGGUACGAGAAAGCUGCUGAGUUGGUGGACAAAUUUUCAUCCUUCAUCAAGCAAAAUUCUUCACAACGUGCCUCCUCGAUUAUUUGGAUGGCAUGUCGUCCGUCCCGCAUAUCAUACGCACUUACGUCAUCCCCAAGAGGACUGGGCCCCAUCCACGUGACCGAUAUUUUCAAUCGGAGAAUUUUCUCCUUCAAUCGGCAACCACGCACGCUCACUCUCCAACAACGAGAACAGUCAGUCGUACCACCAAAAGCAAAAACAAAAGCACCACCAUUCUCCAUUCUCCAUUCUCCAUUCUCCCGCGCCCACGCCCUAAAAAAAAAAAUCAAUGGCUUCCGAGAUUUCCCAGGACUUCUCCCCCUUCCUCCGCAUCUACAAGGACGGCCGCAUCGAGCGCCUCAUCGGCACCGCCACCGUCCCCGCCUCCCUCGACGCCCCCACCGGCGUCGCCUCCAAGACGUCCCCUCUCCUCCCACCCCGCCUUCUCCGCCCGCCUCUACCUCCCCGCCACUGCCCCCGCCCCGGGAAGCUCCCCCUCCUCGUCUACUUCCACGGCGGCGGCUUCUGCGUCGAGACCGCCAGCUCCCCGACGUACCACAACUACCUGAACGCCGUCGCCUCCGAGGCCGGCGUCGUCGUCGUCUCCGUCGACUACCGCCGCGCCCCGAGGAGCCCCUCCCCGCCGCCUACGACGACUCCUGGGCCGCCCUCCAGUGGGUGGCCUCCCACGCCGCCGGGGACGGCCCCGACGAGUGGCUCAACGAGCGCGCCGACUUGAAGAGGGUGUUCCUCGCCGGCGACAGCGCGGGGGCCAACAUAGCGCACCACAUGGGGCUGAGGAUCGGGCCCGACAGGCUGGACGGCCUGGCGGUGGCGGGGAUCGUGCUGGUGCACCCCUUCUUCUGGGGGAGCGAGCCGGUGGGGACGGAGACGGCGGACGCCGGGAGGCAGGCGUGGACGGUCAAGUUCCUGGAGGUGUUGUGCCCGACGAUCAGCGGGGCCGACGACCCGAUCAUCAACCCGGGUGCGGAUCCGCGGCUCGGGGCCUUGGGGUGCGACAAGGUGCUGGUGUUCGUGGCGGAGAAGGACGGGCUGAGGAGCAGGGGUUGGUACUACGAGGAGGUGCUGAAGAAGAGCGGGUGGAGCGGCAGGUCGGAGGUGGUGGAGACGAAGGGCGAGGAUCACGUGUUCCAUCUGAUGAAUCCGAGCUGCGAUAACGCCCUGGAAUUGAUGAAGAGAUUGGUCAAGUUCUUGAACGAGUGAAAAACAUGGCGUCGCCGGUUUGGUAAAACGAUUGGUACGGUGGUUCGUCGCUUUUGUACGCCUUUUUAUUUUGUCUUAUGGACUCUGCUUAUUUAUGGUUUCGUCUUGGUAAAUUACUGGACAUGUUUAGCUUUGUCGAGGUGAUAGAUUCCGACGCUGCUGAUGUGAUGCGAUGGUAACUUUCGAGUUCAAUAAGAUUGCUUGUCUUGUGCAAA